CGACAGACUCGAGCCCACAGAAGUCGGUACUGGUUGCCUGACUCCUGUUUCAUUCUUUACGCAUUUCUUGCCAAGUAUCCGUUCACGACUUACGACAUAUCCUUUCUUUCAACCUACAUCACGAUGCGCUUCUUCGCCGUGCUCGCACUCGCAGCUUCCGCAGCCAUCAUACCGGCUAUGUCCUUGCCGUUGAGUCAUAUCUAUGAGCGUGAGGUCAACGACCUCUUUGCUCGAGACCCUUUCGAUAUUGAGGCUCGCAACACUGGUCUUGCUGGUCUCAUUUCCAAGAACCGGAGAGACCUCGAUGACGAGCUCCAGGCGCGCGGCUGGUUUUCAAUUAUCAAGGACGGUGCUGAGCUAGCCCACGGCGCCUACGAGCACCACGAGGACAAGAAGAAGAAAAAGAGCCGCCGGGAACUCGAGGAUCUCUAUGAGCGGGAAUUGCUGGCUCGUGAGCUGUCUGACCUAGAGGCCCGUGGCUGGUUCUCUGUCAUCAAGGGUGGCGCAGAGCUCGCGGACGGGGCCCUCGACCACCACAAGGAUAAGAAAAAGAAUAAGAAGCAACGUCGUGAGCUCAUCGCCGAAGAGCUUCUUGCGCGGGCUUACCAGUUUCCGGAAUUACACAUCGGCCUUCCCGUUGACUACGGUUGCAGUGGAUUGCAUGUGAUCUGCGGGUGAACGGUGUGAAUCCGACGAGAGGUUCUUUGACUGACGGUGUAGAUUGAGGUGGGAUGUAGUUAGCUUCGUACCAAAAGCCAUGUUUGGUUGUAACGGAUGUGAGAUGCUAUGAAUCGUGGGGAGCUCAAGAUUAUGAGUG